AUGAAGAGAAUGUGUCACGGUUUGCCUAGUUUUGUUCAGAGGCGAGGUAUCGUGUCAAGUGUGCCACCCUUACAUCUGAUUCAAACGAAAAAACGCAUCACCGACCAAGUUUUGCUUGAAAAACCGUACAGUGGGGUUCGUUUGAAAGCCGUUGUCUUGUUCCGUCUGGCCAAAAAUUACCUCAAAUUCUUCAAGGAAGGAAUGGGGAGUGUCUGGACAAACUACAAAGAUCUGAGAUCCGAAGUUUAUAGCCGAAACUUGUUCUUGGUCGUCAAUGGGUUGGCUGCCAACGAUCUGGCAACGGGGGAUGCCAAAGAUCAGAAAUUGUACGUGAGGAACUCCACGGUUCCACAGAUGGUGGACGAACUAGCCACUACUGUUUCGUGUUUCGAAAACUCAGGAUCACUCGAUCUGAGCCGCGAACAGAUCAAACUAUCCCGGGCCCAAUUCCAGACGAUGUUGCGAACAAGAGGUGAUAUUUUGAAGCUACCGCUCUUUGCGGUUUUGUUCGCUCUUUUAGAGGAGUUUUCGCUUCCAUUAUAUUACAUCUUUCCCAGUUUGAUGCCGUUUACAUGCGUGUUUCCAGCCUUUAUGAAAUCGUAUUAUGGUAAAAGCAUUAAGGCACAAAGAAAGCUAAAAGAAUUGCGCAAAGGGCGCGGGUUUGAUGAGAUUGCUGUGCAAAAUCCAUUCACAAUGACAGAAGAGGAGCUACGCUCCGUUUGUGAUUUGAUCAAGGUUGGGACUCCGUUUUCCAACGUCGGCCGUCUGAGGGUACAAUUAUUACAAAAAUACAAGGAGCUAAUAGUGGAUACACAUUUACUCCUGCGCGAUGGGGGAGUUGACAAGCUGGAUAGACUGGAACUUUUUUUUACCUGUUUAGACCGCGGUCUGGUGGAUUGGGAGCAAAUUCUGUCCCAACUGGAAGACCACGAAAAAACACUAUAUGAAUCAUUAGACGAGGCCUCAAUGCGCGAAAGACUGCGUGUUCACUUAGAGCGCUUUGGUAAGCGCGGCUACAACGUGGGUAUUGUUGGGCUUGUCUGA